CUAUGACGUCAUAGAACAACUCGUCUAUGAACCAAACAGACGCUGACAGCCAUUCAAGUAUGUCCAUAUCCGGUUGUUACUUUUUAUAGACUUACACUCAGGUACAUUUUGAACUAACCCUGUGGGACACCAACCAUGGACCUGACCACUUCCAGCCCAGCCGCCAACACCACCAUCGUGGUCAGCGGCGCGGGGGACAGCUGCUUCUCCGUGGAGUCCAUCCCGGGCAUCGUCAGCAACAACACGAGGGUGGGCCUGGAGGAGUUCAGCGAGAGCUACAGGAAGAUCCACGGCUACAUCGCCGUGGCCGUCUGCCUGUUCGGCGUGCUCUCCAACUGCGCCAACAUCAUCGUGCUCACGCGCAAGAACAUGGCAUCCAGCACUAACACCCUACUCCUCUGGUUGGCUGUCUGUGACUUACUCAAAAUGACGGACUAUUUGUUAUUCGCGGUGCAUUUCUACGUCAUGGAACCCGCAGAUCCGUCUCGGUUCGCCUUCAGCUCCAGUAAGUUCUCGUGGAUUGUUUUCCUGCUGUUCCACGCCAACUUCAGCAUCGUCUGCCACACCACCACCAUCUGGCUGACCAUCGCGUUGGCCAUUUUCCGCUACAUCUACAUCUGUAAGCCGACAAGUGGGGUGUACUACUGCAGUCAACAGCGGGCUAGAUACGUCGUCGUUACCAUUAUCGUCCUCACAAUCUUCAUCUGUAUUCCCAACUACACGGCAAAUACUUACGGGAUACAGCAAGGGGAGACGACUACAAAUUUAACCGAAGUCGACUCGUCAGGCAAUAUCACAGUGAUCAGCAGGACCGUGUCGUAUGUUUACUACCACCCGGUACCCAAGACCGACACGGAGCUAGAGCGGGUCAUCCACCAGGUGAACCACUGGCUCCAGGCCAUUCUCAUCAAGCUCGUGCCCUGCUUCAUGCUCACGACCUUGACCUUGCUCCUCGUCCACGCAAUGCACAAAGCGUACAGAAAACGCCUGAAGCUGAAAUCUCAAGGCCGGAAAGCCGAGUCGGACAAACACGGCGAGCACAACCGCAUCACGCGCAUGCUGCUGGCGGUGGUCAUUCUCUUCACCUUGACCGAGCUGCCCCAGGGCAUCUUGACCCUGAUGAACAUCUUCGUCGAAUGCUUCGUCACUGUUGUCUACGACAAGCUGGGCGACCUGCUGGACAUCAUGGCUCUGACCAACAACUCGGUGACCUUUAUCCUGUACUGUACCAUGAGCACACAGUUCCGCACGACCUUCGCCGCCAUAUUCUGCCCCCAGCAGGAGGUGCAUCCAAAAUGGCUGAAGCUAAGGAUCACAAAAUCCCGACAGGGUUCCAAACAGCAGAGCGGGGUGUCAGACGGCAACUCGAUGAGAUCUCGCGGGAAUAACGGCUUCAUCGCGAAGGAGACCGCGGCGACUGAGGUUGAGGCGACCACCGUGAGCGAGCACGACAACCACCACAACACCGUGGACGAGGUGGCGGACACGGAGAAAGUGCCGCUUGACGCCACUAAUGGCAUCUCGACGCACACCCACGGGUACUCUCCGGACCACAGCCACGUCUAG